UUGAAGCAGCGCCGACUCCUCUCCUCAUCGCUUCCUUCUUCUCCCUCUCCGAAUCCCCUCCUCUCUCGCCGAAGCUCGUCGCUAAGCAGAGCCGCCCUCCUCUCCUCGUCGCGAAGCAGAGCCGCCCUCCUCUCUGCCGAAGCUCGUCGCGAAGCAGAGCAGCCCUCCUCUCCUCGUCGCAAAGCAGAGCAGCCUCCCUCUCUCGUCGAAGCUCGUCGCAAAGCAGAGCCGCCCUCCUCUCCUCGUUGCGUUCCUCUCUCGCCGCGAGACCCCUCUCUCGCCCGCGAGACCCCUCGUCGCGUUCUCUCACAGUUGAUCUUCCUUGACACUAGGGCAUUUCUCUCCGCCGAACUAGGGCUGCUGCAUACUACUACCAUGGACUGAUACUCGAUGAAGGCAACACAGAGAAAUCACAUGGAAUGGCUGCAGCUGCUUUGCAAACGGCAGAAGAAGUUCUGACUGAAAGCAAGAAGUCCUGUGAAGACUUCCAUGUUAUGCCUCCCACAUCAAGGUUUACUGAUCGAUACAUGGAUGUUUGCACAUUGUAAUACCAUCUAAGAGAAAGAUAUCGAACAGUCCUAGUAUCUUGAAUUAUAUGUCCACUUCACAUGAAUCCACCUCUUUGGGGAUCUAUGAAAUAUCUGUCUGAGAGUCAAAGAGCAAUCGUCCCAAGGCUGAACAAGAAGCAGCAUUUCAGUGGAAGCAUGAUUGAAACAAACAAGUUCAAAGAGAGGCGACUGGAAGGAGUUCCUAAGUUGAAGCGAUCAUCUUCCUUCAAUGAGGAUAGGAGCUACGAUAUGCCUUGUUCAAUAAGGGAGAGUGAAAAGAUUGGGGAUUCAUCUCAACCGAAGUAUCCCUCCGGGGCUUCCAAAAACAUAUCCGACUUGAACUCCAUGUCUGAUGAUAAUGCAACAAAGAUAUCCCCCGUUUCAGAUGCAAGAAAGUCCUCUGCAUGGAUGGACAUUCCUAGGUCUUCGCCUCUCCGUUCGUCAACUGAUGGAAGUAAAAGAUCAAGAGAGUGUGUGUAAAAUACCGGAAAAUAGACGAAUACUAAUAAGGGAUUUUUCCGGAAUUUUUGGUAAUUUUUCUAGAAUUUUUCGGAGCUUGUAUGGACGAGUUUUUGGAGAUAAAACGAGGUUCCGGAAAAAAAAAAUCUAUUUAGGUUACCCCAUUUAAAUGAGGAAAAGUUGAAUUUCUAAAUUCCUUUUCUUUAUUUAUUUUGCCUUUUCUUUAUUUUCUUUACUUCCUCUCCUCCUCGCCGAAAGCCCCUGCAUGCCCGAGCCAUUCCCGACGCCGAGCCCUAACCGACGCUCACGGCGGUUUUCUCCAUUUCCUCUUCUCGGUUUCCUCCUCUCC